CGAAUACGCGAUUCUCCUGAAACGUGUUCAGUGCAUAUUAGUGGGACACCUAAAGCAGAGGAUACAAAAAUAGGUGUAGUGUUUACGAUACAAUGCCUAAUAUGUUCUGCCACUGAGGUAGAACUUUUUUCUCGAUAAGAUUCGAGCGCCUGACAGCGCGGCGGGGCGGCCCCAAUGCCGGUCAGGAAGGGCCUCCUCGCCCCACAAAAUACUUUCUUAGAUACUAUCGCCACUCGUUUCGAUGGAACCCACAGCAACUUUGUGCUGGGAAAUGCACAGGUUCCGUCGCUCUACCCGAUCGUUUAUUGCUCUGACGGUUUCUGCGAGCUGACAGGAUUCGCGCGAGCGCAAAUCAUGCAAAGGGGUUGCGCUUGCAAGUUUCUCUAUGGCCCGGAAACGAAAGAAGAGGAAAGAGCGAUGAUCGACAAGAGCCUCGAGAGCAAAACAGAGCUGAAGAUGGAAGUCGUAUUCUAUAAAAAGACCGGAAGUCCAUUCGACUGUCUGCUCGAUAUUGUUCCGAUCAAAAAUGAAAAGGGCGACGUCGUUCUGUUUCUGGCUUCGCAUAAGGAUAUCACCCACACGAAGAACCUUCAGCUGUGUGAGUUGCUCGAUAGUGAUGCAAAUGGCAGUCUCGAUCCAGAAUCGCCUCCAGCUAAUUAUGGCAGAAGAAGGAGUCGCGCCGUCCUUUAUCAAUUAUCAGGCCAUUACAAACAGGACAAUAAGCACAAAAUUAAAUUGAAUAAUAACCUUCUGCAUUCCACUGCACCACCCUUGCCAGAAUACAAAACGACGGGAAUCAAAAAAUCUCAGUUCAUCCUAAGCCAUUACGGUGGCUUUAAGUCUUGCUGGGACUGGUUAAUACUCAUUGCGACGUUUUAUGUGGCGAUCGUCGUCCCUUUUAACGCGAGUUUUAUUAACAUCGAUAGGCCUACGAUGGUUAGCGACGUUGUUGUCGAAGCGCUCUUUAUAACCGAUAUCAUUCUAAACUUUCGAACAACGUACGUAAGCAGGAAAGGUGAAGUUGUCAGCAACAGCAAAAGUAUAGCCGUGAACUAUUUAAAGGGUUGGUUUUUCGUCGAUCUUGUCGCUGCUUUGCCUUUUGAUUUUCUCUAUGCUUCUGACGUAUACAGCGGUGAGGAAUCGGGACAUGGUAACAUUCAUUUAGUAAAGCUGACAAGAUUAUUAAGGCUCGCGCGGUUACUCCAAAAGAUGGAUAGAUAUUCGCAGUACAGUGCCGUCAUUCUGACGAUGUUAAUGCUUUUUUUCAUCUUGGUGGCACACUGGUUGGCUUGCAUUUGGUUCGUUAUCGCGGAAAAAGAAAGGUUGAGAAACGACGAUGAUUGGGAUCUCGGCUGGAUUCACACACUGGCAGAAAGGUUAAAAAUCUCCGUGGAGAACGUAACGCACGCGGAAAGUUACAUCACAGCGUUGUACUUUACAUGCAGUAGUUUAACAUCGGUAGGAUUUGGAAAUGUGUCGGCCAAUACAUUCUCCGAAAAAUUCUUCUCCAUUUGCACGAUGCUCAUUGGUGCUCUGAUGCAUGCCGUCGUGUUUGGUAACGUGACAGCGAUUAUUCAAAGAAUUUACUCUAGAAGAUCGCUAUACCAAACAAAACUGCGGGAUCUCAAGGAUUUUUUCGUAUUGCAUCAGAUCCCCGAAGAACUGAAACAGCGAAUGCAAGACUAUUUCCAAACUAUGUGGUCUUUAAAUCACGGUAUCGAUAUACACGAGACCUUGAAACAAUUUCCCGAGGAACUCCGGGGUGACGUUUCGAUGCAUUUACAUCGAGAAAUAUUAAAUUUACCGAUAUUCGAAGCUGCUUCUCAGGGUUGUCUCAAACUGCUUUCUCUUCGCAUUAAAAAUAAUUUUUGUGCCCCCGGCGAAUUUUUAAUUCACAAAGGAGAUGCACUCUCGUACAUAUAUUAUUUAUGCAACGGCUCGAUGGAAGUUGUGCAAAACAACAUGGUCGUCGCGAUUUUAGGCAAAGGCGAUCUAGUAGGUUGUGACAUAAACGUUCAUCUGCAACACUGCAGUAACGGUGGUGGAACAGGUGGCGGAGGAGCCGCAGACGUAGUAGUCAAAUCAAGUUGUGACGUUAAAGCGUUGACUUACUGUGAUUUGAAAUGCAUAAAUAUGCAUGGAUUAGUCGAGGUACUUCGACUGUAUCCCGAGUAUCAGCAUGAAUUUGCAAAUGAUAUACAACAUGAUCUCACUUACAAUAUACGAGAGGGAUACGAAGCUGAGCAAGAGUCAGAUAUGAACGGACCAUCGUUAACGUUACCAUCGAUUAGCGAAGACGACGAAAAUAUGCCUGACGAAGGGGAGACUUCACCUUUAUCACCACAAAAUAAAUCGCCUUUACAUACGACGAGUCCUAGACAUGCCAAGUUCAGGGAUGAUCAUAGAGAAGCAAAAAGAACCGGAAGAGGAGUUCUAGUAAGAGGGAGAGCGGCUCAGAUAAUCGCUCAAGAAUCAAUGGAGGAACAUAUUCGAGGAUCGGUGGAGAGACUCGACACACAAUUUUCUACGUUACACCAAGACGUUGCCACGUUGAGUUACGAGGUGAGGAAUGCCAUUCAAGCUCUACAAAUAUUAACGUGUUCGCCUCAAAGUAAUCCAAAUUUGCCAACGCCCGCGAGUCGUGGGAGUGGCGUUUUGACGAGAAGUUCGUCUCAUCCGCCCGAUGCUAUAUGUUGGGACCCACCUAGAAGAAUGUUAGAUGCAUCCACGCAAACCGACUGGCCUGCGGAUCUGUUCGAGUCCUGGAUUCGAGCAAAUCCUCAACGAGUUCUAAGGAUCCUCGAACUCGAUCCGGAUACUCUUUUGAGACAACCACCGUCUCCUACACCAUCGCCAUCUUCUCCUCCGCCACCGCCAUACGAACCCUUGUCACCUAUUGUUGGGACACCGCCACAAUCACCGUCUCUCGCACAAGGAAAGGCUGAUUUCGUUUACGGUAAUAAUCAUGAAGAUCGACACAUUCCUCGUUUAUAUAAACCAACAAACUCUACGUGGGUUCGGAAGAACAAGUUAUCGCACAGAUUUAGUGCCGGCGAUGCCGAGAACGCGUCUUUGUAUUCAGCGUUUAGCACUCUACGCCGACUUCCUGAAUCUCGAUCGUUGAAAUUCGAUCCUUUUGAUAGCUGAACGUUUCCAGAAACAUAUCAGGGUUAUAAGCCUUAGAAGAACACGUAACCCAGGAAGGCAAGAUGUUUGUACACGAAACAAGAGCAAAAGACAAAUUUCAUGACUAAAAUAGAGCAACGAGAAGCAAAACCACUCAUUUUAAGUGUUCAAAUUCGUUCAUUUUUUAUCACCUGUAUUUCGACUCCUAUGAAAUCUAGAAUCAACAGUUUAGUCAUUUUUUUACGGAUUGGAAUACUUGAAUUCAAUCGAUAGUUAGCAACGAAUGAUCGACAUUGUCUUCAUCCCAAAAAUAAUCCUACGAUAAUUGAAUAAAUUUCUGUAUAGUAUAGCAAUGAUAUAAGAAUUUUUUACGACACGAAACAUGUCCAAAGAAAGAAAAAUGAAAGGAUCGCCAGCAUUGAUAAGCUAUAAAUACACGUACGAGUAUAUCUAUAACCUUGCUCAUCCGAGAGACUUUUACAUUUAUUUAGGGACUCGACAUCUCACCGUCUGAUCCGAAUCUCUAGAAUGGAAUACGUGUACAACCAUAAAUUUUAAUCUAAAAAAUAUAUCGUAUGCGAAGUGAAUUGUUGGUACAUUUUUUCAUGAUCUAAAAGAUAUUUUGAAAAGGUAUUUUUUAACUAAUUCCUAUAUUAUUAUCGAGAAUGUUUAAAAUUCGGAUAACGAUAUAAAAUAUUGGAAAUCUACUUUCUUUUAUAGAAAAUUUUUGCUUCUGUCAUUCCAUACGCAUACGUGUCGCUGUGAUUGAUUAUACCUAGUUAGCAGAAACUAUGUCGUUUAUUUAAAGAUGUUCUCUUGCAGUAAUUUUGCUGUAAAUAAAUCAGCAAAACGUAUUACUUAAGAGCAUUCGUGUUUUCACUUUCACAUAUGUGAGAAGAACGUUCAACGUUCAAUAUCGCAAAGUCUUCGCUUCGAAAGACUUUAAGAUCUAUCGGGGAGAACGAAGUUUUAAACUUUAGCGUAGCAAUAAUAUGCACAACAAAUUUCGAUGUAUCCGCUGACGUCCAAAUUAGACAGUAGUUAUUAUAAAGUAGUAUCUAUCAUCGCAGUAAAGAUGUUGAUUUCAAGGUAGGUAAGACAAGUACGUUAAUGAAGGAGGUUAUUCAAAUGAUUAAUUUUAAAAUGAAUAUAUCAUACGAGAUUAUUACGCGGGAGAUGUAUCCAAUUGUAAGUAUUUCUUGAACAAAUUCAAUGUAAAUAUUAUAUCGCUAUUAAAAAUAUGUGAUAAGGCACGGCUUUGGCCAUGCACAACAGUUGUAUUCGUUCAUCUUUCAUCGUCAUUUGUGAAACAUCAAAAAAUUAUUCGUCUACUUACGAUAUCGGGCACCCACGAUUCGGUACCUACAAUUUGAUUUCAACGAAUAUAAGAAUUGAAACAUAAGAUGAUCAAUCGUUUAACCUACUUACAUUCUCAUUCCUUGAGCGCACAAACAAUGAUGCAAUACCAAUGUUUUCUAAAAUAAUCGUUCGAAUAUAUUACGUCAUAGAGAUAAAGCGUGUAAAGUACGAUAUUUGUAUUUAUUAUAUCAUCAUUUCACAAAUGUCAAUGAAAGCAGCUGUUUUAUAAAUAUUUCAUAUAUUUUGUUAUACUAUUUCUAUGCUCCUCACCUUAUAAUUCAAGCUAAACAUAUUGUAAUAUUUAACCUACUCUCACGUAUUCUACUACUUUUUACACUUUCCGAGAAACUAACUACGAAAGAAACAUUUGUCAUCUUAAUAUAUAUGAAAAUGUCAGUAAGCACAAAAUAUGAUUAUUCCUUAACGCACAUUUCAGUGUGCUCCAAGUUGACGAAAUUUAAGGAUAACGUACUAAACCGUGCAAUCGCGGUACAGUAUAAUAAUUUUAAUUUAACUAUUAGAUUGAAAAUGAAGAGAAAAAAGAAAAUUGUUAUUUAUAUCUGAUAUGAUACAACAUAAAUUUAUGCAUCUAAUGUAUACACGGAUAUAAUGUGUAUGGAUACACGUAUAUAUACAGGCGUAUGUAUACUAUCACCACUUCCCUGUAUGAACUUAUUGUUGGUUAAUAAGUUUAUAACAAACAUAGAAGGAAAGAAAUAUCAAAUUAUCAGAGAUAUAGCUAAAUUUAAUGAAAUUUUUUAUCGUACACUUUUUAACCAAUCUAGUUAGAAAACUUAGAAAAAUCAACGGCCUUAAAAUAAAAACUUAUUGUUCUCACUAUUCUUGCAUACCAAAGAUAAUCUAGAAUCUAGGAAUAUGGUUUCUACGUAACUGACGCCUAUGAUUUUCCGUAUAAACUUGCUAUAUCAAAUUACAAAACACCUUUGAAAGCCACGUUCAGAUAGAAUAGUGAAAAAAUACAUAUACAUACAUACUGUACAAACAAAACAUUUUACAUCGUUUUUAUACCUAAUUGUCGAGUGCAAUUUUCCAGGGGCGACAAAUAUCGAGUUAUAUUAUAUCAAUCGCAAAUAUAAAUAUUGUACAGAAAGAGAGGCAUAUAAUUCGAAAAUGAUACGAAUAUAUUUAUAAUUACAUUACGAUUGAUGAGAUCUUGAAAAUACUAAUGUUAAUAAAUAAUCUUCAAAAUGUCUCUUUUAAAUAACUUGGCUGAAAUACGUCUAUCGUAUACGUACGAACUCUUUAUCAAUUA